AAAGGGCAGAAGAUCCAUGACUGCCACCCUCUGCUCCUUCAAUUUAAUGUUUUCUAUGGAGAAGAGGGCAUCACCAGAGAUUUCAUCAGCCGAGUCCCAUCAAUUUAUCGAAAAUUGGAUUCAUGUUCAAGACUCUCUCAAGAGAAGAUUGGUCACAGAAGAUGAUUUCACAUGGAAACUGCCCAAACCCACAUCGACAGCCACGGUCAGAGGAAGAAUAGAAGAGGGUGACGACAAGCAUGUGUUGAAGUAUGUGGGUGGAGUUGAUGUGAGCUUCUCAAAGGAUGAUCCGUCGGUUGCGUGUGGGACUAUUGUCGUUUUGGAUCUCGGCACUUUGGAAGUUGUGUACGAUGACUACUCUGUUGUUAGGCUUCAAACCCCAUAUGUUCCUGGCUUCCUUGCCUUCAGAGAGGCUCCAGUUCUUUUAAAGCUUUUGGAGAAAAUGAAGAACAGUGCCCAUCCUUUCUACCCACAGUUGCUAAUGGUUGAUGGCAAUGGUUUACUUCAUCCUCGAGGUUUUGGCUUGGCUUGUCAUCUGGGUGUUCUGGCUAAUAUUCCAACAAUUGGGAUAGGAAAAACUUUGCAUCAUGUGGAUGGUCUUACUCAAUCUGGAGUGAGAGAACUUCUUGAAGCCAAAGGAAACUUGACUGAAGAUUUUAUUGCUUUAACAGGAUACUCUGGCCAGACAUUGGGAGUGGCAAUGAGGUCAACUGAGAGCUCAUUGAAGCCGAUAUUUGUUUCAAUUGGUCACCGUGUAUCACUUGACACAGCCAUCAUAAUUAUUAAAAUGACUUGCAAUUAUCGUGUGCCAGAGCCCGUUCGGCAGGCUGAUAUAAGAUCAAGACAAUACCUCCAGAAGCAUCAAUGGCGUUAAGAUAAUAAAUGGGACGUGAUCGAGUCCUGCUUCUGGCAUAUGUUUCUUUGUGCUUGAAGAACAUUGAUUCAAAUCAGAUGAUAAAACACCAGAGCUGUGGAAUCCCAGAAAAGCUGCUGCCUGCUGGCAAAAAGCAAGGAGGAACUAUACAGAGGCAUCAUCACACAUUGUGGUGCUCCAUUUCAGCAGGCAUCUUCUUCAGGAUGCUGUUUGUGUUUUUCUCCAACUCCAUCCCAGAUAUCAGAAACAGCUCUUAUUCAGAUCCUCCCCAGUCUGCUGUUGCCAAAGUGAUGCUGGUUCUUCAUUCAUGGUACUGCAUCUGAAGAGUACAUAAAGCAACUACCCCUUGAUGGGUUCAUUCUAAAAUUUAUGAAUUUCUUCAUAGAUUGAGAGGUGGGCGCCCAGGGGUUUGGUUCUUGAUGUAGUUUUUGGGUUUUACUCUGAUUUUUCCACAAGGAUGAAGGAUUUCCACC